AUGCCGGACCACGGACGCAUGCCCAGAAACUUGUCAUCGACCAAGGUAUGAACAACUAUAAUCAGAUUGGGAAGGAAUACAUCGAAAUUUGUUUUUUUUAGAUCGCAAGAACGAUUGCCGGUGAAGAUCUCGAUGAGGAGGAGGUUGUGGAAAUGGAUUUCGGUCAGAGUGCGCGCGAAGAAGGUCGUUUCGUGUUCGAAUGUGCAUGGGAAGUGGCCAACAAAGUGGGAGGAAUCUACACGGUGCUGCGAAGCAAGGCACAAAUCAGCACGCAAGAGCUCGGCGAUCAAUACUGCAUGUUCGGACCAAUGAAGGACGGAAAGUGGCGGCUCGAGGUGGAACCGAUUGAGCCUGAAAACAGAACAAUCCGCGCGGCGAUGAAACGCUUCCAGGCCGACGGAUUCAGGUGUAUGUACGGAAGAUGGCUGAUUGAAGGUUACCCGAAAGUCAUUCUUUUCGAUUUGGGGUCUGGCGCCGCCAAAAUGAACGAAUGGAAGCAGGAGCUGUUCGAGAAGUGCAAGAUUGGCAUUCCGCACGAGGACAUCGAGUCGAACGACGCCGUCAUUCUCGGAUUCAUGGUCGCCAUCUUCCUGAAGCACUUCCGCGAAUCGGUCACCAGCUAUCGGCCACUUGUCGUCGCCCAUUUUCACGAAUGGCAAGCAGGAGUCGGUCUCCUGAUGACUCGCUUGUGGAAGCUGGACAUCGCCACCGUCUACACAACCCAUGCCACCCUUCUCGGACGGCAUUUGUGUGCUGGAGGAGCCGAUUUAUAUAACAACCUGGACAGUUUCGAUCUUGACGCCGAGGCCGGAAAGCGAAAGAUCUAUCAUCAGUACUGCCUGGAAAGAGCCGCAUGCCAGACCGCGCACGUAUUCACCACAGUCUCGGAAAUCACGGGACUUGAAGCCGAGCACUUUUUGCGCCGCAAACCUGAUGUGCUCACUCCAAACGGAUUGAACGUCUUCAAGUUCGCCGCUCUGCACGAGUUCCAGAAUUUGCACGCGCAAAACAAGGAGAAGAUCAAUCAGUUCAUCCGGGGGCACUUCCACGGGCAUCUUGAUUUUGACAUCGACAAGACGCUCUACUUCUUCACUGCCGGACGAUAUGAAUUCUCGAACAAAGGCGGAGACAUGUUCAUCGAAUCGUUGGCCCGUCUCAACCAUUACCUCAAGACGACGAGCGAUCCACGUCACAUGGGAGUGACCGUCGUCGCUUUCCUGAUCUAUCCAGCUCCCGCAAACUCGUUCAACGUCGAAUCCCUGAAGGGACAGGCGGUGACGAAGCAGUUGAAGGAAGCCGUCGAUAGAAUCAAGGAGAAGGUCGGGCAGAGAAUCUUCGACAUUUGCCUGCAGGGGCACCUUCCCGACGCUGAGGAGUUGCUCUCUCCGGCAGACAACAUUCUGGUGAGUUCGCUUCCCGAUUCAUCCUCAACAGUUCAUAAUUUCAGCUGAAACGUUGCAUCAUGGCUCUCCACAACUCAAGUCUCCCGCCCAUCUGCACUCACAACAUGAUCCGAGCUGACGACCCAGUUCUGGAAGCUCUUCGGAGAACUGCCCUUUUCAACAAGCCGGAGGAUCGCGUGAAAGUUGUCUUCCAUCCGGGUAUCCCGUUUGAAUAAUCUCGAUCACCAUCCUCAAUUCUCAGAAUUCCUCUCGUCUGUUUCCCCACUGAUUGGCCUCGACUACGAGGAUUUCGUACGCGGUUGUCAUUUGGGAGUCUUCCCUUCGUACUACGAACCAUGGGGAUACACGCCUGCCGAAUGCACUGUGAUGGGCAUUCCGUCUGUGUCUACUAACCUUUCCGGAUUCGGAUGCUUCAUGCAAGAGCACGUGGAGGACCACGAGCAGAAGGGAAUCUACGUGAUCGAUCGGCGACACAAGUCGGCCGAAGAGUCCGUCCAGGAGUUGGCGCACGCCAUGUGAGUUCCAGUUAUGCCGUAGGAACUCGAAAUUCCAAAUCUGUUUUGCAGGUACGACUUCUGCGGACAGUCGCGUCGUCAACGCAUCAUUCUUCGCAACGCCACCGAAGGGCUGGCCGCUCUACUUGAUUGGCAGAACUUGGGAGUGUUCUAUCGGUAGGAUAUAGAAGUGAGCGACAGUUUUUCACGAAUUAAUCUCAUUUCAGCGAAUGCCGUCGCCUCGCACUUGAGAAGCUUCAUCCUGACGUCGAAAAGAUCAUCCGUGAGAACGAAGGAAAGGUUCCAUCUGCCGCCACGUCACGCCGUCCAUCCGUCCAUUCGAGCGACGGCGAGGACGAGGAGUAG